GUUCUAUUUACGUAAUCAUCUAUGUAACGGCCGAAUUAGUAUUUAAGGGUUGGGAGGAUUUGGGAUCUACACCAGGAUUGGUCCUUGGAUCCAGCUCUGAUACAGAACUAAUUGCCCACUAAGGCCAAGCCCCCCCGGCGCCGUGGGCUUAGAAUGGAAGCUCGAGAAUCCAAUAUUUAGACGCACACGUACCCCUGAGAUAUACUUGAAUUAUAGUCUGGCCGGUCGUCAAGAAAACCAUGUAGGGCCUCACCCGAAUAAAUACCCAGGUAAGUCUAAAUCUAUUAGGCAGGCCAAUCGUUCCUCGGAUUAUUAAGAAUAUCAACAUUGGCUGUGGUUGUGGGAUAAUCUUGAACACUUUACGCCAUGAGGUACUCCAUUCUUUCGCUAUCUGCCUUGGUAGCCUCUGCGGCGGCCAAGCCAGGCAUCAUAUUACCUCUGUAUGAAUAUCCCUCUGGCGACGUGGCCACGGCCGACUGGAACGGAGCCAUCGCAGCAGCAACGGCGCAUCCUGAUGUAGACUUCUACGUUAUUGUGAACGAUAACAGCGGUCCUCCAUACACUCCUAACCCCCCGGACGCGAUUAAAGAUUUCGCUUCGUUCCUUGGCGUCUGGAAUGCCUUAUCGAAUGUCAAAUUGAUCGGUUACAUCGCUACCUCAUAUGGUGGCAAGAGCGAUAGCGACGUCGAAGCCGCUGUAGACCAGUACACAGCUUGGACCACAGCCGAAGGCUGGACAGCGGGUACAUCGUACGAUAUCCACGUUGACGGCAUCUUCUUCGAUGAAAUAGACACUUCUACAAGCCAGCUUUCGCACAACACCGCCAUCACCAAAUAUGCUAAGUCCAAAUUCGCCGGCCCUGUCGUGUUAAACCCGGGUACUUUCGUCCAGAGCGGUAGUGAAUCGCUCUUCGACGUCGCGGAUGCCAUCGUCGACAUCGAGGCUUGCUACACCCAUAGUGUCGGCCGUGUGGACUUCAACGGCUACGCCUGUGACCCCUCUACUGAUGGUUACACGGCAUUUACGCCCGCACUACUCGACAAACUCGGCACGGACCAAACUCAACUGAGCAAAUCGUCCGUCAUCGUUCACGACUUCUACGAGUCGUGGAGUCCGUAUCAACCCGCUUCCCAGGAUACACUCCAAACUGAUAUACAGGCUAUGGUAGCUAAAGGCAUACAUAGCUUGUAUGUUGCGCAGUUGGGUUAUAAUGCGAAUUUCACGGGUGCCGAGCCAGCUAGCAUCACGACUGUUGCUAAACUACUUGCGGCGGCUUAACGCCUCAGGUUGGAGUCAUGCGUAUAAGUAGAGGUGCGAUUAUUCUCGUGUAUAUAGUUAACCGACACGUAUAUACUUAGGUUGACAUAUGGAACAUAAAAAUUAGAUCAUCGUUAAAAAUUUCAAUCUUCUAGAUAAACACCACCAAUAUCGGAGUUA